AUGAAUUCUGAUGUUGAUGAACAUACAGUAAUUAAUGUAACUAAUAAUACAUUGCCAGACGUUUGUAUUGUAUCGAGUGAAAAUCAACCACUUUUACCCCCAUCAAGUCCAGGAACUCCGAAUAUGGAAUUAGCAGAUAAUCCGCAUUUACCUCCAUGGAAUACAAAUAUAACAGAUGAUCCUGAAUAUGCUGAGGUUAUUAAACAAGCUGAAAGAGCUAUUGAAGGUAGCAUAUUACCAGUACGAAUAGCAGCUGGUUCAUCUGGCUCAUAUUUUGUUCGAAAUCUCGAAGGAAAAACAAUUGGAGUAUUUAAACCAAAAGAUGAAGAACCAUAUGGUCGUUUUAAUCCCAAAUGGACAAAAUGGUUACACAAAACUCUUUGUCCGUGUUGUUUUGGUCGUGGUUGCCUUAUUCCUAAUCAAGGCUAUCUAUCCGAAGCUGGUGCUAGUAUUAUAGAUACGAAACUUCGUCUUAAUAUAGUACCGAAAACACGAGCUGUUCGUUUAGCAGCUGACUCAUUUAAUUAUCCAGCAUAUCAACGACAUUUAAUAACAGCCAAACGUGAAAUCAAUGAAAGUGUUGGGCGACGUAUGCAUGGUAGACGAGUAUUUCAACCAAAAGGAUUACCACCUAAAAUUGGAUCUUUUCAAUUAUUUGUUGAAAAUUAUGUUGAUGCAGAUGUGUUUCUUAAACAAUUAGAUCAUGAUUCAUUACCAGAAGAUGUAACGAAACAAUUCCAAAGACAAUUUGAAAGACUUGUUGUCUUGGAUUAUAUUAUUCGCAAUACAGAUCGCAAUAAUGGUAAUUGGUUGGUUAAAUAUGAAGUUAAAACGAACAGCGAACGUGAUAUGACUAAAAAUGAUGGUAGUGGUGAUGAAGGCGAUCAUUUGAAUAAUGCUGUUACAACAUCUACUACAGAUGAAGCGACAAGUACACGACCAGCUGUUGAUAUACGUAUAGCAGCCAUUGAUAAUGGUCUUGCAUUUCCAUUCAAACAUCCAGAUGAAUGGCGUACAUAUCCAUUCCAUUGGGCUUGGUUACCCCAAGCUAAAACUCCAUUUUCUGAAGAAAUUAAAUCUCUUGUAAUACCAUUAUUAUCUGAUUUGAAUUUUGUCCAACAUGAAUUAUGUGAUGAAAUUCAACGUUUAUUUUCUCAAGAUAAAAAUUAUGAUCGACGUUUUGUUGAACGACAAUUAUCUGUGAUGCGUGGACAGAUUCUAAAUUUAGUACAAGCAAUGCGUGACGGUAAAUCUCCAUUUCAAUUAGUUCAAAUGCCUGGUGUUAUUGUUGAACGACUUACGCAUGAUCCGCAUGGUGGUGAUGUAUCGGGACCUAAACAAUUUAAACAAAUAUUUAAUGAUCGUUAUCCACUCUUUUCUUGGUUUUAA